CGCCAGGAUAGCCAGCACUCGCGGCCUGAGCGCCGGUCUCCGACCUCGACCUCCUCGUCCGCGUGAUCUCCGCAAGCAUCUCCGUGGGCAGGGUGACACGUGCGCGUCGCGCGGCUGAUAAGGGGCGGGGUAACGGCGGGCGCGUGCACCGGAGUAGACGGCUCUCCGGGUGUUGUCGUUGUGCCCUGGUGAUGCGCGAGCGUCCGGCUCCCGGCCCAGGGCUGCCCCAACAAUAAUGUUGAAGUUCGGGAGCAAGAGCGACGUGACCGUGGUGCACCGCGCCACCAUACGACUUCUCGACGACGCCGAGAUUCUGCACUGCGACUUUCAGCCUCAACACAAAGGGAAAUACAUAUUGGAGUAUGUAUGCAAGCAACUCAAUAUUUUAGAAACAGACUAUUUUGGAUUACGUUACGUGGACAGUUGUAGACAAAGACAUUGGUUGGACUUGGCUAAAACAGCAAUUAAACAGGUUAAAGACACAGAGCCGAUUCUGUUCAGCUUCCGCGUGAAGUUCUACCCACCGGAUCCGCUUCGACUGAAAGAAGAGAUCACGCGCUAUCAGAUUUAUCAACAAUUGAAAAGAGAUCUGCUACACGGCCGCCUCUACUGCAGUCCCGGCGAGGCGGCGCUACUGGCGGCUUGCAUCGUGCAAAGCGAAUUGGGCGACUACGAACCAGAAUUGCACGAGGGCAAUUACAUUUCGGAACACAAACUCCUUCUAAAGCAGACCGACGCGAUCGAGGAGAAGGCUCUCGAGCUUCAUCAGACACAACUCAAAGGUUUUACUCCGGAGCAAGCCGAGACUCACUUCCUCAGGCUGGCCUCACAACUCGACACCUACGCUGUUGAUCCGCACCCCGUUAAGUGACGCUCAGCUAUCACAAAAUUUAACAUUAUUCAUCGUUUGAUUUUUUCUUUACCUUUACGAUAUCUUCUCACUAUUACUUACUACUCAUCAUAGUAAGUAAGUAAAUGCGUA